AUGUCAUCUGUUAAUGUAUUGAGAUAUAGUGCUCUAGCCCUUGGUCUAGCUGUUGGUUUAAAGACAGAUAUGAACUUGCGUUGCUCUGCUAAGAAGCAAGCUGAAGAAGAUGUUUACCAAAAAGAGCUUGCAUUAGUUAAAGAGGCCAAGGCUGAAUGGAAUAAAUUGCACCCUAAGAAGGUUGUGGAAAGUAAAGAGAUCAACCUGGAAGAUCCAAAUCUGGACUAUGCAGCUGUUAUAUUGAAUGCAGUUGAAUCAUUGAAAUCUACCUAA